AUGUGCUGCGAGGGGAUUUGCAACUUCAUCGGUUCAAACCGAGGCCUUCAGAUCCUGUUGGCUCUUAGUUCAGUGUUGCUGGGCCUCCUUUGUGGCCUCAAUCUGAUCUCCAUCGUCCUCCUCAAUCAUGAUACUACGGGCGAAUCGAACUUCGAGUUCUAUAAGGGGACCACCUUCGCUGCGUACUACACGGGCAUUCCGGCGGUCCUUCUGUGGUGGGUGGCUUUGAUCUCACGCUGCUGCGCGCCGUGCUGUUGUACCAUGAAGGACGUGCAAUGCCCCUGCCCCUGCACGCGAUUUCAUCUCCUAGAUGUGCCCUUCUACGUGGGGAUGUAUUUGUGCCUGUAUCCGAUCGGCUUGUGGUACUCCAUCGAAACUGCCGAAGUUCCUGAGUUCUACGACUAUGAUGCAGACGUUUGGUAUGAUUCUGGUUUGUGGCAGUUCCUCGAAAUUGUGCAGCUGCUUGGGGUGUUGCUCUUGUUUCUUGCAUUUCCCUUGGGCAUCUGGAAGUUUCUGAUGAUGAAGACUCCAGCCCCAGCUGCCGCGGCGCCAGUAAUCCAGGCCCAGGUGGUUGGCACUGCGGUGGCGGUGAAUACGUCGAAUGAGAACGACACGAACAACAUGGUCCUUGAUACUGCCAUGUGGCGACGGCUGUGUUGGAAAGCGCCGCGCAACCAGCGGGUCUGUGGCUAUGCUCAGACGCCCGAACCGCCCUAUUUUGCCGUGAUCUUCACAAGCGAGCGGACUUCGACUUCCGAGGGCUACGAGGCAACGGCGCAGCAGAUGCUGCAGUUGGCCAGGCGGCAGCCCGGCUUCCUGGGGGUGGAAAGUGCCCGAGAAUCCUUGGGCAUCACAGUGAGCUACUGGGCUUCCGAGGAAGCCAUUGCUGCAUGGAAGGCCAAUGUGAAGCACCUGGUGGCACAAGAGAAGGGCAAGCGCGACUGGUACAGCAGUUACGCCACCCGCAUCUGCCGCGUCGAGCGUGACUACACCUUUCGGAAAGCGGAGGUCGCUGGCAAAGCUGCCGAUGAAUGA